AUGAGUUAUUUGGGUUUGGGUGUUAGUCCUGGUACUGUCCCAGUGUACCAUGGAACAAAACUCAAAGUGUUGGAUAGGAGGGUGAGGAUAGCAGAGCUGGUGCUAAGGGGUGUGAGCCUUGGUUUAGGAGUUCUUGCAAUUGCUCUUGUGGUGACUGAUUCCCAAGUCAAAGAGUUUUUCUCCUUUCAGAAGAAAGCUAAGUUUACAGACAUGAAGGCUUUAGUGUUCUUGGUAGUUGCCAAUGGACUAACUGUUGGGUACUCCUUAAUCCAAGGAUUGCGCUGUGUUGUGAGUAUGGUUAGAGGAAAUGUACUCUUCAGCAAACCCUUAGCUUGGCUCAUUUUCUCUGGUGAUCAGGUGAUGGCAUAUCUGACAGUGGCUGCAGUGGCUGCUGCAUUGCAAUCUGGCAUGAUUGGAAAGGCAGGGCAAGCAGAACUUCAGUGGAUGAAGGUGUGCAACAUGUAUGGCAAAUUCUGCAACCAAAUGGGAGAAGGGAUAGGAAGUGCUUUUGUGGUUAGCCUUAGUAUGGUGGCCCUCUCAUGUAUUUCUGCAUUUAGUCUCUUCCGUUUGUAUGGUGCCAACAAAAACAAACAUGCUGGUUGGUAG